GACGAACUUUUGCGACAACACGCUUGCGAGUCCAUACAACAAUUGCCAAUCCCUGCCUCACAUUUUCCUUGACGCAAGAUGGGUGAGCAACUAGUACUGCGAGGAACCCUAGAGGGUCACUCAGGAUGGGUUACGGCGCUUGCAACGUCUCUGGAGAACCCAAACAUGCUCCUCUCGGCCUCUCGUGACAAGACUCUCAUCAUCUGGGACCUGACCCGCGACGAGACCAGCUAUGGCUACCCGAAGCGAAGUCUGCAUGGCCACUCACACAUCGUUUCGGACUGCGUUAUCUCAUCCGAUGGUGCUUACGCCCUUUCUUCGUCGUGGGACAAGACUCUUCGUCUGUGGGAGCUGGCCACCGGCACUACUACCCGACGUUUCGUUGGCCACACCAAUGAUGUCCUCUCCGUUUCAUUCUCCGCAGACAACCGACAAAUUGUCUCUGGCUCGCGCGAUCGGACAAUCAAACUGUGGAACACACUCGGCGACUGCAAAUACACCAUCACAGAGAAGGGCCACACUGAGUGGGUUUCAUGUGUGAGGUUCAGUCCUAACCCUCAGAAUCCGGUCAUCGUGUCCGCCGGUUGGGAUAAGCUCGUCAAGGUUUGGGAAUUGGCUACUUGCAAGAUCCAGACUGAUCACAUUGGUCACACCGGUUAUAUCAAUACCGUCACUAUCUCCCCCGAUGGCUCGCUUUGCGCUUCUGGCGGCAAGGACGGCACCACAAUGCUGUGGGACCUCAACGAGUCUAAGCACUUGUACUCACUGUCUGCCGGUGACGAGAUUCACGCUCUUGUUUUCUCUCCAAACCGCUACUGGCUGUGUGCGGCUACCUCGAGCAGCAUCAUCAUCUUCGACUUGGAGAAGAAGAGCAAGGUGGAUGAGCUGAAACCUGAAUACGUCGAGGUUGGCAAGAAGAGCAGGGAACCUGAAUGUGUGAGCUUGGCUUGGAGCGCGGAUGGUCAGACUCUGUUCUCUGGUUACACCGAUAACAAGAUCCGUGCUUGGGGUGUCAUGUCGAGAGGUUAACUUGCAUGAUGUAGCAUGAUGAACUCAUGAAUGGAAACUUCUAGAGGAGCGAUGGAUGGGCUGAACACAAUGCAUACUGAUUUCCCCCAAAAGAGGCUUGCGACUUGCGAGCAACAGGUCAAGCCUAUAGCAUUCUGUAGCUAGUUACGGCGUCGGAAGGCUGGCAAUCAACCAAUCAAUCAAUCUGAGUAAUUUAGGUGGAUAUCGUCCUUCCGCAAGUGAUAUAUCAAGCCAGCUUCAACGAUUAGCUGUGAGACAUGAAUAUAACGGACGAGAACUCUGUGAGCCAGAAAAUAGUCAUGAACAAAUUAAGCGUAGGUCAAAGAGCGUGGUUGGCUAAGUCUGUCUUACAUGGCUCUCCCUAGACAGUCCUAUUCGGGUUAUCUCAACCUUCAAACCAUUCCAAAGUUCUACGCCUCUACUGCAGC